UGUAGGCAUAAAGACGAUUUAUAACUGGAAUUAGUUGACGAUCGACUUACUUCCAAGAUGGCCGCCUCCAUUGAAAAACGUCUAACUUGUUGAAACAUCAAUCUGAUAUACCGUUGAAAAUAUAACAUUCUACAAAAAUGGAGGAGGAUGCAAAUAAGAAAGUACAUAGAAAGCGACAGGCGGGGCCGAAGGCAGAAAAGAAAAAGGCAAAGAAUAAACACCAACAAGAUUUAACUCCGCAACAGAGAAACCCUAAAGCCUUUGCUAUUCAACAUGCUCAGAAAACUGCCAAGCUUAUUAAAAGAACACAAGAUAUUAAGACCAAGAAGCAGCACAUUCCCAUGGUGGACAGGACACCACUGGAACCGCCCCCAAUAGUGAUAGCCAUUGUCGGCCCACCCAAAGUUGGAAAGUCCACCCUGUUACAGUGCAUAGUUAAAAAUUUCACAAAACAGAGGCUUGCCAAUGUCCAAGGCCCAGUUACGGUUGUGUCAGGUAAAAGCAGGAGACUGACAUUAAUGGAGUGCAAUAAUGACAUCAACAGCAUGAUUGAUCUGGCCAAAGUAGCAGACCUGGUAUUAUUGUUGGUUGAUGCAAGUUUUGGGUUUGAAAUGGAAACUUUUGAGUUUCUGAAUAUCUGCCAAGUGCACGGCUUUCCAAGAAUUAUGGGAGUACUGACUCAUCUUGAUGCUUUCAAGGACAACAAACAAAUGAGGAAAACCAAAAAGAGACUGAAACACAGAUUUUGGACAGAGGUGUAUCAGGGUGCUAAGUUGUUCUAUCUUUCUGGAAUGGUAAAUGAAGAAUACCAGAAGACAGAAGUUCACAACCUGUGUCGAUUCAUCUCUGUCAUGAAGUUCAGGCCCCUGCAGUGGCGACUCACACAUCCCUACCUCCUUGUGGACAGAAUUGAAGACAUCACUGACCCAGAGGAGAUUCGACAGAAACCUAAAAUUGACAGGAAGCUGUCCAUGUACGGUUACGUCAGAGGGACACACCUGAAGAACCACUCCAUGGUCCACAUCCCAGGUUGUGGGGAUUACAGUAUCAGUGAUAUGCAGACUUUACCAGAUCCAUGUCCAAUGCCAGACAAGGAGAAGAAAAAGACCCUCCAUGUGAAGGAGAGAUUGAUCUACGCUCCCAUGUCUGGGGUGGGGGGAGUUAUUUACGACAAGGAUGCCGUGUAUAUAGACCUGGGGGGCAGCCAUUCCCUCACACAGAAUGCAGAGGAGUCUGAUGCCCCGAUGAAUGAACUUGUGGCCUCUUUGAUGAAUGUAAACAAUCCACUGGAUGAGAAAAUGACAACCAGUCACAUGACCUUAUUCUCUAAUGCUGCCCCAAUCAUAGAGGCAGAUUUACAAGAGGAUAAGGAUGACGAUGAAGAAAUCUCGAGGAUUCGUAGAUUGGCGGAGUUUGAUGUUGAUCCAGAAAAAGACCACAAACAACGAAAGAAAACGGAGGACUUGGUGUUUGAUGAUAGUGACGAAGAGGGAGAGGCAUUCAGUCUGUUUUCAAACUCGGUGAAAAAACAAAUUGGGACUAAUUCUGAAAAGGCAGAUCGGAUUCAUGAAAAUGAAAACAGUGAAUCUGAAUCAGGAUCAAAUAGUGGCUCAGACAUGGAGUAUUCUGAAGAGGAAGAAAUUGCAGUAAAAAAACCCAAACUGUCAAGGACUUCAAGUGAAGGAAAAUCUGGUUCCUUCAAUUUUGCUGGUGCUGAUGUGACUGACCCUGAAAGUGAUGCAUGUGCCGAGUCCGAUGAUGAUGUGCAAAAUGGAAGAAGUGAUAUUUCUAAAAGUGUGAUGGAAGAUAGUGAUGAUGAUGUUGAUGAAGAGGAUGAUUCUAAUAGUGAUGAGGACAGUGAAGGCAGUGAGGAGGAGGAAGAGGACAUUGUGGAAGAAGCUGAUAGUGAAAGUGAUGAAGAGGAUGGUGAAGAAGAGGGACAUUUAAAAUGGAAAGCUAAAAUAGCUGCUUCAGCUGCUGAGUCAUUCAAAAGGAGGAAAUCAGAUAGGAUUAAUUAUAGGAAGCUUAUCUAUGGGAAAGUUGAGGAAGAGGAGCAGGAAGAGGAGGAGGAGGAUGAAUUGGGAGGACUGUUUAAAGUGUUAAAACAGAAAGAGCAAAAGAAAAAUCCCAACCUGGAAGCUGAUAUGACGGACAGCUCUAAGUGUGUGCCCAACAAAUUCCAGGCCUGGGAGUUAGAGGAGGUGCAGGAUUUGAUCAGGGACUGCUUUGUAACAGGAAACUGGGACAAGAGCGAGGAUGCUAAAGAGCUGCUUAACCAAGAUGAUGAACUGUUUGGAGACUUUGAGGAUCUAGAGACUGGUGAAGUUCACCAUGGUGAUGGAGGUGAAGAAGAUGAAGAAGAUGAUGAGGGUGAGGAUGGUGAAGAAGAGUCAUCGGAGAGGAAGAAAACAAAGGCAGAGAAGACGGCCUUAGAACGAAGAAUGGAGAAGAAGAAGAAGCUGAAGGAGAUGUUUGAUAAUGAGUAUGACAUGAAGGGAGAUAAUGAGUUCUAUGAUAACUGGAAACUACAGAAUGAGGAACAAGCCAAGUUGAACCGAGCUGAGUUUGAGAACAUGGACGAUAGUUUGCGCGUCGGCUACGAGGGGUUCCGUCCAGGUAUGUACGUCAGAGUGGAGCUGGAGAGACUGCCAUGUGAACUCAUCAAUAACUUUGAUGCCACUUUUCCUCUCAUACUUGGGGGUCAACAGAGUGUGGAGGGAAACAUUGGAUUUGUCCAGACACGCAUGAAGAAGCAUAGGUGGUACAAAAGGAUCCUGAAGAGUCGUAACCCCCUGAUUAUCUCCCUUGGAUGGCGGAGGUUCCAGUCUAUUCCUCUGUACUCCAUACAGGACCACAACUUCCGGAAUCGCCUACUCAAGUACACCCCACAACAUCUUCACUGUCACGCCUGCUUCUGGGGUCCUAUAACACCCCAGGGUACAGGUUUACUAGCCGUCGAGAGCCUGACAGGAAAUGAGCCAGGCUUCAGGAUUGCUGCCACAGGUGUUGUCCUAGAAUUGGAUAAAUCAAUGCAGAUUGUAAAGAAACUGAAACUUACAGGCACACCUUACAAGAUCUUUAAGAAAACUGCAUUCAUUCAGGGCAUGUUCAACUCCAUCCUGGAAGUUACCAAGUUUGAAGGUGCCAAGAUUAGGACAGUGAGUGGAAUCCGGGGACAGGUGAAAAAGGGGUUGAGGACCCCUGAGGGAGCAUUUAGGGCCACAUUCGAGGACAAAGUUCUCCUCAGUGAUAUUGUGUUUAUGAGGACUUGGUACCCUGUGGAGGUGCCCCAGUUCUAUGCUACUGUGACCUCUCUACUGUUACCCCCAGCAGAGAAAGUAGCCUGGGUCGGGAUGAAGACUCUGGGUCAGCUGAAGCGAGAGAGAGCUGUAACAGCCCCACUGAAGGAGGAUUCCCUCUACAAGCCGGUUGAAAGAAAAAAGAGAUAUGAACCAACUCUGAAGAUCCCCAAGGAUUUACAGAAGAUGCUACCUUUUAAGGACACACCAAAAAUUCUUAAGGAAAAGAAGGAUCCAUAUAAAAGGGUAGCUGUCAUUCUGGAACCACAUGAAGCAAAGGUUAAUAAACUGAUGAAGAUGGUGAAGAAUGUCUAUCAACAUAAAAUGAAGUCAGACAGAAUGAGGAUGAGAGAGAGGGUGUCUAAACAUCAGAAAGAAAUGGACAGGAUCGGGGUGAUUAAAGCCAGGAAACAGAAGCAAGUCAAAAAGGACAUCUACAGGGCGCUUGGCAAGCUGGAGAAGAAGAGGGACCAGUACAAAAAGGACUGAGGGGGUGGUGCUGGAAGUUUCCACUCACCCAUAGCGAGGAAAAUAAACAAAAUACUGUGACCUUGAGACACUUGGGAAUAAUACAGUGAAUGAGAGUUUGUAUUUCACUGUAUACAGUUUACUAAUGGAGAGGAUACAGGUACAGCAGCCAUACAAAAGGAGAUGGUUAUUGAUGAAAUACAAGAAAAACAAACAAACAUGCACACAAUUACAAUCAUACUCAGCUACUAAGUUUGGAAUAAACAGCAAGUGUUUUAGUGCAUUCUCCUUUUGAUUCCAUUUCUGCAAGGUGAUGCUGUUGACUUUUAUGACUCAUUUCAAAGAUGUAGGAAACGAAAUUGUAGUAACAACCAAUAAACCCAGUAUCAAAGUUCUAUAUAGUCUCCUUUGGCAUCUGCCAUUAAAUAUGUGAAUGGUGGUUUAAUGUGAAAAAGUUCCAUGUUGAGAAGCUAUCUCACCGGAUUUUAUGUCUUUAUGACAGUGUUUAGGGAGAUAGUGAUCCUGCAAAUGAUUCCUUAAAUGGAAAUGUCUAUGGAAUGCUUCCUCUUUCUGUAUCAAAUGUCACAACUGAAUUACUUCAUGAAUCUGUGUUAUUUAAAGGUAAUAAAGGAUGGCAUUUGUAACACCAACAA